CAGUCACAAAAGCUGCCCAGCAGGAAGAAAAACUAAGGAAACCGGGUGGCGUGUAAUUUACAGACAGAGGAGGUGACAGAAACAGAAGGGAUCGGUGACCACGAGAAACCCUCCCGCCGCACAGCGGCUGCGCACACCCCUGCUCCGGAAGCGGAAGUGCACACGCGGUCAGGUGCGUUCCAAGAUGGCGGCCCUCAGGGCUCUGGUGUCAGGCUGCGGGCGGCAGCUCCAAGCGUUCCUGGCAGGCCCCGCCGCCACUGGCUGGUUACGGCUUCCAGCUCGCGGGUUGAGAGAAGUGGUGAAGAUCCAAGAAGGGAAGACGACUGUAAUUGAAGGCCGAAUCACAGAAACUCCCAAGGCAACUCCAGAUCCCCCUAACCCCUCAGGCCAGUGCCCCAUCUGCCGCUGGAACCUGAAGCACAAAUAUACCUAUGAGGAUGUGUUGCUGCUCAGUCAGUUCAUCCGGCCGUAUGGAGGCAUGCUGCCCAGGCGGGUCACAGGCUUGUGCCGGGAAGAACACCGAAAAAUCGAGGAGUGCGUGAAGAUGGCUCAUCGAGCAGGUCUGUUACCAAAUCACAGACCACAGCUUCCAGAAGGAUGCUUACCAAAGGAUAAACCCAAGCUCAACCGCUAUCUGACUCGCUGGGCUCCCAAGUCCGUCAAGCCCAUCUAUAAAAAAGGCCACCGUUGGAACAAGGUGGGUAUGGCUGUGGGGUCACCACUCCUGAAAGACAAUGUCUGCUACUCCAGACGGCCUCUGAAGAUGAUGCAUUAGUGGGAGCUGGACUUCUGAAGAGCUGACUAGAACCUUCUAGAAGAUGCACUUGCUCCUCCCACCAGAACCACUGUCCUGCACAACAGCACAGAGAACUAACUUCUGUGCCUUGGAUUUGCCCGGCUGCACUGUUGGGAGUCAAGGGCAGCCAGGAGCUGGAUCUCCCGGCCACUGUGGUCUUCUGCCUGGCUGGGGCUGAGGUUGGAGCAGGGACAGGAGCCUUACCCAAGGGAAUGUAAUAAAGCAGGCUCUUGGCUUC